AGUGCCUAAUAUUUUAAUAUCUUUAUCUUAAUAAAAAAAAAUGUAAUGUUUGUACAUACUCAUACUACUCAAAGAGUGUUAUCCAGUUAUUUAUUUACUUCAUGGCUUGAAUAUAGUCUUAAUAAAUGCGUAUACUAAAUUAUCCAAAUAAACAGUCAACCGUGUUAAUUAAUCAUAGAUUUAGGCGUUUGGAGAAAACUUUACAAUGAUGUCUAAAAUUGAAGUUACGAAAAUAGUAUUUAUAAGAUAUAGAAUAAAGAAGUAUCUUAUUUACGACAAAAAUAAAAUAAUAAUAGUAAUACUUUUUAUUCAUUUCAUAAGACAAACAUGUUAUUACUUAGAGGAGUUAUGUAUUAGAAAAUCCACAAAUGAUCAGUUGACUUUUUAGCAUAAUGUGACUUAGUAUGGUGUCUGAGAUUAUGUGUCCCUUCACCACUAGAAAUUUCACAGUUUUAAUUGCGAAAAAGUAUUGCCUAUUCGUAUUUUAGAUAUUUUUAUUUUAUUUUUUUAAAAGAAAAAGAAACAAAAUAAAGAAUCAGAAUACUUUUAUGCUAUAUUGCCGAUCGAGGCUUUUUACACAAAAACACGGAAGGAAUAUAAAAGAAAAAUGAGAAUAAAAUGAAUAAUAUAAGUAAGUUAUAUUUUUAAAAAUGAUUAUGAAUGCAUGAAAAAAGAAAUUACUAUCGGAAUUGAAUAUUAUUGGUAAAAAAAUAUGAUUUGAGUUAGAAGAAUAAGCAAGGUAAAGUAUCCCCAAGAAGUAGUGAGUGGGGAAAGAUGUGUUGAUUAUUUAGACGGGAACUGAGAGGAAAAGACGGUGAUCAGAAAAUGAAGGAGAGCCAUGAGAAAGGAGAAGAAAAAAGGGAUGGAUUACGCACACAAUCUUCAACCAAUAUAAAUAGCAAUGAAAUCUCCGACGAGGGAGGGACCAACCAAAUUCAUCAACAUGCCUUCGUCAUUCAACUUCGCCUGCAUGUACAACAAGUACAUCCGACGCUGUUUCACGGGGGCGGGCCUCUGGUCGCAGGCCCUCGCCCUUGACGACAUGACCACCAUGCACUUUUGGGGCCCAAGAAACAAAACGGCCCAGAAGCCCUCUCUGGUUCUCAUCCACGGCUUUGGGCCCGUGGCAUUGUGGCAGUGGCGCAGACAGGUCAAAUCCCUGGCCCCACACUUCAACCUUUACGUUCCGGACCUCGUAUUCUUCGGAGGCUCCACCACCAUUUCCAGGGAGAGGAGCGAGGUGUUUCAGGCGAAGUCGGUGGGGAAGCUUCUGGAUAAGUUGGAGGUGGAGACGUUGCACGUGGUGGGCACCAGCUACGGGGGCUUGGUCGCUUACAAUCUGGCCAAGAUGAUGGGGGAAGGGAGGGUGAAGAAAGUGGUCAUCGCCAGCUCCGGCGUUAACAUGACCGCGAGAAGUAACCUAGAGAUGCUCCGAAGUUCUAAAUUGAACAGCAUCGACGACCUCAUGUUUCCUUCUUCCCCCCACCACCUGCGGCAGUUGAUGUCCCUCUCCAUCUACAAGCCUCCCCAUGUCCCUGAUUUUGUCCUCAGUAUCUUCAUCCAUGAAUUGUACGGAGAGAAUAAGGAGAGAAAAUUGGAAAUUCUAAAAGGGAUCUCUGUGGGCAGGGAAGAAACCUCUAACGUUUCACCUCUUAAACAGGAAGUUCUGAUAGUGUGGGGGGAAGAAGACCGGGUUUUUCCGGUGCGAUUGGCGCAUGAACUGAAAGAGGUGAUAGGUAAAAAUGUAAAAUUAGAACUGAUAAAGGAAGCAGCACAUGUGCCUCAAAUUGAAAAGCCAGUAGAAUUCAACCGCAUCAUCAUUAAUUUUUUACGGGGGACUCCUUGACUAUUAACUUCAUUUUUUUCUUCUUUUCAAUUUUCGACAACUUCGUAGGAAACUUUAUUAGAUUCCGAGGAACAUACCUCACCAAUGUAAAUUGUAAAAUAUUCUAAGAAAACAAAA